AUGGAGAAAGCUUCACAAAUGGUGACGAAAUACUUAGCGUGGAGGAGAACAUUCGUUCCAAAAGGCUAUGUGGUGUUCGUUCUGGAUAAAUUGUGUCGCAGCAACCUUGAUGGACAGGAGAAGUUCACUGUCAUCGCGGAUCUUCAAGGAUAUGGCUAUUGCAAUAGUGAUGUUCGCGGAUGCCUAGCCUCCCUUAGCAUUUUACAGGAUUACUACCCAGAGAGACUUGGGAAAGUGUACAACAUUCACGUACCUUACGUCUUCAUGACACUGUGGAAGAUCAUCUGUCCGUUUAUCGACAAAAAUACUAGGAAGAAGAUUGUAUUUGUGGAGAACAAGAGACUGCGCGAGACUUUGCUGGAGGACAUAGAUGAAAGCCAGCUUCCAGAGGUUUACGGAGGAAAAAUGCCUCUAGUCCCUAUACACAUGGCUUAG